AUGGCCUCAACCUCACCAUUCGACCCUUUCGAAGCCCUCGGUGUGCCUCGAGAUGCAUCCGCGGCCACCAUAAAGGCCCAGUUUCGUCAGCUCGCGCGUCGAUACCAUCCCAAUAGACAACAAGGGCCCGAAGAAUCGAAAGCAGCUCUAUCCGAUGCUUUUCACACUGUCCGACAUGCCUACAAGCAGCUGAUCGACGACAACAAGCGACGUCGAUAUGUGGAGCUGCUUCGUCUUGCCGAAGAGCAGCAACAUCUCUUGUCGCGCAUGGCAGAUCUGCUAAGAGAAAGCGAGCAUGAGACUGGGCAUUCGGAGGCGAAGGACGGAGAUCUAUCGAGCGAUGCAGACGACGAAGAUCUACCGCAAAUGGGACUUGUCAGGCGACAGACAGUUCUGAAGCGGUCGUCGACGAUCAAGAGAAGCCUAGAAAUUGCCUCUCCGCCCCGCAAGGGACGUCCACCUCGUCUGCCAACUCAAGCGCCGGCGUCAAGCAAGAGCGAAGCCGACUACUUCGCUAGGAGACGUCAGAAGCUUGAGAAGCUUAGGCGGAGGGAACUUGCUGCAUUCGAGACGUACAAGAAUGCUAUGGUGGAGAAGUUCGAGGCCGAAGCCGAAGCAGAAAGCACAAGAGAAAUGUAUGAGCGUGCACAAUGGAAGCGAGAAUAUUUUGAACGAGCUCCUCGCGAGACCACCGAACGAUUACGCUCCCUGCAACACUACCUAGGCGCCAUCCGAGCGUUUGGGCAGCUACAGCCUCGACGAAAAAACCGUUCGACUGUUAGCUACAGCGAGCAGAUACUUUCCACAGAAGACCUGGUUUCAGGCGGCUAUCUGGAUCCAAAUAGUGCCACGGCGCACUCCAGUGGUCGUCCAUCACACUCCCGAGCUUGGAGUAGCGACAUCAGCAACGAUCAACAAACAAGUAGCGAUGAGCACUCGAGUGGUCCUGGAACUCCCCGUCCACCGACAUCCUUUACAUGGCACAGACGGCAUAGUCGUAAUACUUCUCUUGACGAUGCUUUCAUACUACCAAUCAUCUCGCAUAGUAGUGAACUAUCUCGUUCGUCGAUACCAGAGCACGCACCAUUCAAGAUGCUGGUCAAGCAGCCUACAGGAUUCAGAGAACUAGUUGGGAACGGCAACGACAAUGACGAUGAGUCGAGUCCGGAGUCAGCUUCCAUGACACCACGGACUCCUUCUCCCGGUGUGUUCGAUUGCUCUAGCCGGUAUGUAAUGGUCGGGAACCAGCGUCUUGCUGCGGCCCUUCGACCAGCUCGCGCAAGGACUCCAUCUCCAUCUGGAGCGACUCGAGCUGGAGCUGCCCGCCCCAACGGUGUAUCAAGUCAUUCUUCCCACCAAGCUGUCGAGCCUUGCCAUUUUCUCAUCAAACGCAUUGGCAAGCUGGAAUAUCGGGUGAUACCUACUAGCUUCGUCCAUGAGCUCUCGCUUGCAGAGAAGGCCAAACUGCUGCUUGAGCCUGACGCGGAAGCUGAUCCUACGGAUCUCCUUGCGCGGCUGCGGGUGCUUGAUCGCAAUGUCUCUACAAAGUUCGAAGUCAAGACCGACAUCCUAGAAAGCUUUCGCUUUCGACUGAUCCACAAGGACCACGGAGUUGGGAGCAUCGACCACGAUGGCUUUGUUGCACUAAGCUAUCGCCGACGUCGUCAUGCUGAAAAGCAUCAGGAUCACAUCACGCUGCCUCUAGACGAAGAAAUGUACCAGGCCGUGCUGGAAGAAACAGGCAAUCUUCCACUAUGGCUGGAUCAGAUCAGCAUCGAUGGCACUAGUCGCUUGGAGACAGCUGUGUCUAUGAGUGCAAUGGACAUGGUCUAUCGCAGUGCUCGUCUUGUGGUGGUGGCUCUCGACGAUGUAGAGCUCGAGGGUCACGAAGGAACCGUCCUAGAGAACCAUAUGGAGGAGUACACCAAGAUGACACAUGUAUCCGCCAACAAGCGAUUCCGCGGCAAGCAACCUCCCUACCUCGACACACGCGAUGAGCUUUACGGCGUCCUUCGCAAGAUCCUACGGUCGUCUUGGUUCAAGCGAGCCUGGUGUCGACACGAGAUGAGGUUGGCCCGCGAUCACAUCUUUCUUGUACCCUGCAAGAGUCCUGGAUCGUGGAGUGGCAGAAACGUGGUGAGGUUCACGACGACUUGCUUUACCCACUUGCUCGCUCUCGCGAUCGAGGUGCCAUUCGAGCCUGAUGUUGAGAAAAUCAAGCCUGCACUCUACGCCUUCUUCCGUGAUCGCAGCAAGCUCGAGCCUCAUGAACGCCACCUUCACUCUCACCAUGGAAACUUCACUACUGUGAUUGCAGAAGUGUUCGGCAUGGAGGCUGGUGGUGACCCUAGAAUACCGGCAAGACAGCGCGCUGCUGAUGCUCUGAAGGACAAAGUUUCGAUCAUCCUGAACACCAUGGAGUGCGGUCUGGCAAUCACGCAGGAAUUGCGUGAUCCUCGGAUGCAUUUUACUACGGCUGAAGCUCAUUACAUGCUUCUGACUCUGGCUCUGGCUGCCCAAGAUCCUGGAGCUCUGUGCUCGGUGGGCCCUCCCAUGAGAUUGGUGCAAGCUGAUACAAAUUCACCUCUCACGCCUACGGCCACGUCGACUUGGCUGUUCGAGCCCACGAAUGUCGAUGCAGGACUCAAUAAUUACCACACGCUAGGCAGGCUACCAGCGGAUGCAUGCAUCUACACUGGUCUCGAGAUGGGCGAACACUAUGUACAGCUUGAUCUGAAGUUUCUGAAUAGAGCUGAAGCUCGCCAUGUCCAUCGCGCAGAUGAAGACCCAGACAAUCUGCACUUCUCCCGUCGGUUUAUCGAAGUAUGCAACGUUCGCAAGCUUGGUCGUAAUCGUGCGAGGUAUUUGAUGACGGACACGUCUGCGAAUCGUCACUUCGGCUCAAUGGCGGAAGUCUACGAACAGACCUUGGCCUGCGUGUUUGCUUGCGGUCCUGACUGGGUCGAGGAUAUCUGCGAACGUUACGGCGUCAAUCGCUGGAAGCAAGACGGAGAGGCUACAUGGAAUCUUCUUGUGGCGCUGAAGAAUACUGCAGGCGAAUGGCCUGAACAUGCCUGGGGCAAUCAAGCGGCUGGCUUCCUCGUGGACUUUGUCAACUUCCUCAUUAUUCGUGGGAUGCCACAACGUCAGAUCUUGCAUCGUGAAGCAUGGCGGCCAGUGUGGGUCGCAACGGAGAAUGGCGGCAGGAUCUUGACUUUCGUGCCUCCAGGGGAGAUCAUGCCUGCGAUACCUACAGCUCUCCUCGACCCGGAUUACGUGCAUCUCGCACGCUUGUGGGUACUGCAACCGAGGACGAUGCUGGCUGGACCAUCGAUACACAUCCCGUCCAGCUGGACACUUCUCGGCAAGUCUGUCAUCUUUAGCGAUGAUCUGGCCGUGCAACAGCUGCACUCGCGCAGUGAGACCUGGCUCGAGCAUCAGAAGGUCUUUGGACGAGAAGAUCCCGAGAUACAAAGAUUGCUGAGGGAGCGAAGUCUAUAUGUUUAA